UUCUUCCCAGAAAAUGAAGGAUUCAUUGAGUACAGAUUCAAGAAUAUGAGGCCGAAUGGCAAACGGGGUAAGAAGAGGAAGCAUGCCAAAUCAAAUGAUCACAAACAAGAAGAUGUGAUAGUGGAUGAGGAAUUACUUCAAGAUGAAGAAUUACAAGAAAAGGUUAACUGGAUGAAGCACACAGUUCCCACUGCAGCAAAUAAGGGGAAAAUUAUCAAAUUUUUCAAAGACACUGCUGCUUAUCGUCAAAUGAUGCUGAAGAAGAGGACAGACAUGACCAUUACAGACUUCAUCACCACAUUUCCAAGGAUACAAGAGAUGCCAGAACUUAUCAACAUGGACUUUGAAACAGAACAUGGGCACCUUUCUGACAAUUUUAUUUUAAAGUGGGAGUCGUUCUACCGAGACCGUAUCAUAAAAUUAGGUUUGAGCGGGUAUCCAGCGGUAAAAGAAUCAAUUCAAAAGUUUGAGGAAGGUGACAACAGAGACCUGUGUGGUUUAACUGCACUGUUGCUGAUGUUACAUAAGCCACUGACAAAGACAAAGAACCCCACCUCGAGUUCAAGGGCAUCGAGUUUGGAGCACUUCAUCCAGUACAGACCUAUUGGGACAGAUGUUCAAGCGGCAGCAGCUGGGAAGUCUGCUGAGUUUCGGCAGCCCUAUAUACUAGCCCUUGGACACAGACGCAAGCCACUACGAUCUUUUUUGAUUGCGGACAAGGUAGUGAUUGAAGCGGGACAGAAUGUGGUGGAAGCCACUGACAGGCUUUUUAAGUCUCAUGUAUUUGGAGUCCAUUUUGCCCAAGUAAUUCAACAUUUCUAGGAGUUCAUGGCAUCUGAAAUGUACAGGGUCAUGCAGGCAUCUGAUACCAAAGCCUCUGUAAGAAGUAUGGCGUUAUCGAUCCGAAAUUUAAAGUUAACCGAGCAGUAGCUUGGACAAGAAAACUAAGCGGCUUUCGGGGACAGAACAGAGGGUUUGUUAGACCGGGACAGGCCUCUCACUCACCUUACCUUUGUAAUUCAUAAGCACUUUUGCUGUCUAUACGAACAUGACAGAGAAUAGUUUAUCUAAGGCUGUUAUUUCGGAUUUUGUACAUAAAUAUGAAAAUGAUAAAAUAUGAAAAUAAGUGAUGUUUUUGUACAGAUUCCAAAUGGUAUAAAUAUACGCUGAGUGAGAAAAUGUUGUUCAUAUAGGUAGUCUUGUAUGCAGACCAUUUAUGAAAGAAGUUCUAAUUUACAUAUAUUAAUUAUGCAGAGCAAAGAAGUAGUACAAGGUUGUUAUUUCAAGCUUUAGAGAGCGAUCGGGAUAGUAGUGGUUUUGAGUGAAAGCUAAAUUAGUGGUUAGUUUAUGCCAAAAAAUGAGCCUUUGUAUGAAAUUAUCUGAAUUAAGAUGAGUAAUGAUGUACAAGUGUUCCGAGACAAAAUGAGUUCGUUGACUACUUGUGGUGUGAGCCUAAGGGUUGAAAAGAAAUGUUGUUUAUUAUACCCCCGCCAAACGAAGUUUGAAGGGGGUAUAUAGGAAUCAGCGUACGGUCGGGCGGUCCGUUGCAAAUCUUGCGGAUCGAACUUCUUCUUCAGUUUUCAACCAAUAUUCAUGAAAUUUGGCACAUACAUCGGUCUGCUUGUGAGGAUGUGCAGACACAUUUUUCACAAAAGUAACUAGAAGACAUGGUGAUAUCUAGUUUGAUAUUACAUUGCUGAGAGUGAUUUAUCAUUCAUGAGUCAUAAGGUAAAGAAUCAAGCAGAAUUUACAAGGUCUUGCAUUAAGACAUCAAGACAAAUUUAACCCUAAAUGGACUUGGGAGGGGGAGGGUGAAAGGCCCCCUUUUAAAAAAAAUUUGGCAAUAAAUCUGUCGAUAAAUCUCAUGCAUCUUUUGAGACCAAAUUUGCGACGCCUUGGUAUGCAGUCCGAACUUAGGCAUAAUUAUGUAAGUGCAUGUCAGUCCCAAAAUUGCUCAAAAUGCAAAUUAUGUUUGUAGCCUAAAUUCAUACCGUUCUCUUUACUUUUACUGAUUAAAAUCAAAUAAUUUCAUGUUGUUUAAGAUCAUGAAAUUAUUGUCGACAAUUUCCAUCC